AUGGGAGUGGGGUUGGCGAGUAGCAUGAUCCGGUGCAUGGGGCGGGUAACCCUGCUGGGGUCGCUCAUCUGUGGUCAGCUCUCUCCUCUUUUGAGACGGCUCAAAACAGAUCAGCUCCUCCUCUCUGUUAGCUGGUAUGUGGAUUUUCAAGGCGCUUCAGAAGCUCGUGCACAUCACCACAGGCCUGCUCUUCAUGCUCGUCCUGGCCGCUCUUCAUGCUCGUCUGGCCGCCUCUUCAUGUCAGCAGCACCCCUGUUCGUUAGGCUCUUCAGGUCAGCUCUCCCUCCUUUUGCCCGCUUCUCUUCCAUGUCAGCAGCUCUCUUCCAUGUCAGCAGCUCCUUCUCCCUCCUUGCUCCUCCUGGUGUGUCGGCCAUCACAAGCUUCAACGCACGCUUUUCCGCCAGGGUUUCGGGAUACUCACAUGAAUGCGACGCACGUGUUGUAGCGGGUUAUAGUGCUGGUGUCAUCUUCCCAACGAACAAACCCCCCUUCUCCCCCACCCCCUCUCGUCCCCUCCUCUCCUUCCCCUCUCCUCCUCCCCCUUUCUGCCCCUCACACCGCCCCUCCCACCCCACCUCCUUGCAGCACGAGCUUCAAUGCACGCUUCUUUGCCACGAGCUCUUGGGCGGCCCCCUACCCCCUAUACUACAUCCUUACGCUAGCCUUCGUUACAAUCACAUUCUGGCGCUGCCUCCCCUGUUGGGGGCGUGGCACUGGCGCUCAUGUGUGGUGGAGAUGGUGGGUAGUGCAGUGGAGAUGGCAGGUAGUGCGGUGGAGAUGGUGGGUAGUGCGGUGGAGAUGGUGGUUAGUAGAGCAGAAUCCAAGCUGCCAUGCUGGAUCAUGUUGCUCUCUCUUUUUCCAUCCAUCACCCCUCUUGUCUUCAUUGCUCCAGUUUCAUCGUCCCUCCCCAUUGCAUUGCUGCCCCUCCAAACUCAUUGCGCCCUUUCGUUUCUCCUUGCACUUCCAUUUCUCAUGCAUCGCCCUUCAUUGCGAUGCCAUCCUCCCUUUCCAUAUCUCACUCUCCCUCCAGGCAUCGCUGACAUUGUGGGGCGGAGAGUAGGUUCCGCAAAGCUGCCGUGGAACGACGAGAAGAGCUGGGCAGGGAGCAUGGCCAUGCUGCUCUUUGGAUAUGGGCUCGCCCUCUUCACCAUUCAUCUCUUCAUAGCAGCAGGAUUCUACUCCUCUGAUUGGCUGCUGCUGCCGAACCUGCCUCUCCGAGUCUUCCUGGUCAGCCUCGGAGCUACAGUGGUGGAGUCACUGCCAAUCAGCGAUAAGCUAGACGACAACCUCACUGUACCGCUCUCCACCGUUCUGUUUGGGCUGUUACUGCUGCAACAGUGA